AAAUUGUUAGUAAAGUGUAUAUCAUAUAUGCAAACAAGCAAAACACAUCACCACACUUAUCAUAAAGAAACAAAACUGAAAUACAAACUUUGGUUCGUCCGAUAUAAAUCUUAUCGGAAUUGAACGGCACCGUCGCCGGAAUGACCACCGCCGGGUCCAACGUUGUUCACCGCCACACGUUAAGCCAAAUCCUGUCUGAGUUCUUCAAGUUCGCCGUGGGAUCCGCUAUCGACGGCUCCCGCAAAAUCAUCCCUGGUAGAAAGCAUGCAGAUAAGAUGGUGCCGGAAGGACUGAUAAAUAUACCCAUUUCAACACCAUUGAAGACCAAGAAACAACUUGAUAAAAAGGUUGCAAAUGAACUCAAUUUUGAAACCAAAGUGGAGGAAGUGAUGAAGGAAGACAUGAACAUUAUAAAGCAACAGUACAAAACAUCAACCAAACUUGUUGAAAAUUCACAGCCUCCAAAGAAAAUGGAUGAUGGUUUUAAAGGAAUUGAUCUUCUACAGAAAAAUGGAAAGAGAGUUUUCAUUCGGUCUCGUCUUUAGAAUGAAAUUUACUCAAUUACACUAGAGAUUCUACAUAUUUAUAACACCAAGAGUGUUAGUUACAUUCACUGAAAUACUCUCUUUUUAGCGGACUUCAUUUUAUUGAGUGAAAUUUAUGUAGAUCCAUCACUUUGAGAAUUGAUCUCAUGAAAAAUACUGGGAUCUAUAAAUUUUAUCCGAUAAGUCAGAGUGUUGACUAGUAAAUGUUGCUAAGUACUUUUUUCUUAUAAGAUACUAUAAUAUAAUGUGUUCUGUUUUUCUUUUCUCUUGUGCCCAUAUGAGAUGGAAUGGAGAUAAUUAGUAUAUA